AUGGCUCCAUUCGAGCGCAACGAACCCUUUAUAGCAGAGCUUGUGGAGUCUUUUAGAGCUCUGCUAGACGAGUCUGUCGUUACAGCUAUAGCAAGUGACUAUGAGCUGUACCAAAAAUCAGGGUUUGCCGCCGCUACCAAAGUCCUCCAAAGCCUGUCACAAGAUGUUGUCGCUGAGGAAAACAGCGGCUUCAACCCUACAGGCGUUGCCGGCUUCAAAGACGGCGAGAGUCAAGAUACGCAGACAGCCACGUCUGCGACCAGCAAUAGCCAGCAUGUAUCUGGCGGUCAAGAGACAAACUCGACCAGCUCCGGGUCAACGUCUGACCCGGUUGACGUAACCUGGGUAGCACCACGGGUGACUUCAUUCAACAACGAUACCAUCGCGGACAAGUUCCUGCAGCUGCAUGCCAUGUUUCCUGAGAUGAAGGAAUUUGACGUGAAAUACGCGCUCAAAAAGUGCAACAACGACUUUCAGUCCGCGCUGGAUCAUCUGCUCAAUAUGCAGUACUUAGAGGAAACCGGACAACAGACCAGGGGCAUUGAUGGAUUUGCCCAGCUCGAGGAGCCCAGAAAGCAGCGGAAGGGUAAGGGCAAAGGGCGAAAACGAGAGCCGUCGGAAGACACAAAAAGCUCUGUCCCAGCAGAACUUAUCCAAGAAGCCAAGGAGCAAGCAGACAUUGGUUACAUUGCAGAACGCUUCAAUCUCACUUUUGAUGCCGUCUCGGAGACAUACUACGGCAAUGACUGCUCAUCACCAGCCACUGUGGUGGCUCUUCUCGACCAGCGACUCUCACAGGACCCCGGCCUUGUCGACGACGCCACAACACAAGAAGCCGUCGGCCUCUUAUUCCGCAAAUACAAGCAAGUGCCUGAAAAGUACCUCAGGGCUAUCAUCAACGCGACCAGCUCCAUUAAGCCAUUUUCAGACGAUCUCGCGCAACUCGUCAGCAAAAAGUUCGCUCGCACCAAGAGGAACAAGGGCCAGAAGAUAAUGCUCGACGGCGUCCUGACCCCCCUCGCUGAAGACGAGCUCGCAGGCUCGACAACCUCCAAUGGGUCAAAUUCACCUACUCGAUCCGCGCACCGUCCCCUCUCCCCCAGCACGCCAGCCACCGCUGCCGCCGCCAGCAACUUUGCCGACGCUGUCAAGAUUUCGCAGGCUCUUCACCAGGCGCGCCGCGAAGCCUCGGCCUCGGCCGCCCAGAUGCAGCGCAAGGGCGGCUCGCACGGGCUCUACCGCCAGGCCGCCGGCUACUACACGGCGCAGGCGCGCGAGCACGCCCGCAGCGCAAAGGCAGCCACGUCCACGGCAGCCGAUCUGCUGGUCGACGAGCAGAGCUACGGCUGUAGCAUCGAUCUACAUGGCGUCUCGGUGCAGGACGGCACCAGGAUCGCGCUCCAGCGCGCGGCGGCGUGGUGGCAGCAGCUGGGCGAGUACAAGGCCCAGGAGGCCAAGACGCGCCCACUCGUCGUCAUCACCGGCCUCGGCCGCCACAGUGCCGGUGGCGUCUCCCAGUUGAGAAGGGCGGUGGCCGCUGCUCUGAUUCAAGACGGCUGGAAGGUAGAAGUGGGCACUGGAAAUUUUACAGUCAGUGGACGACGCUGA